AUGGCUUCAUCACGACCUCAGCGUACAAAUACGCAGCUUGAUUAUCUAGCUUUGAAUUAUGGAUACGAAGACAACGUCCCAAUUGAAGACCAAUACCCUGAUUAUCCUACUCAGACUACUCUCUUUUCUGAUACACUUGAUACUAUUCAGACAACUCCUGAUUCAAUCCUCCCAUCAGAAUCAGCCUCACAGACUAUUCUACCAGACCCUGAUACAUCGUCAUGCCUGAGUAUAGUCUCCCAACCCUCAACUCGGAAACGCCCUCGCAAAACUGCUCUCUCAACUCAAUGGUUAUGGGGCCAUUUUGAUAUUAUAUCAAUUAAGCGUCCCUGGACCACUCGUGCUAAGAAGCCAAUGGAUACAGACCGUCUUAUUCAAUGCAAGAAGUGCAAUUGGGAAACAUCCGACUCUGUUAGAUCAGGAUCGUCGAAGAACAUGGAGCUUCAUCUAUACACCCAACAUACUCUCUCUGCGCCAUCUUCCUUAUCUUCCGAUUUAAUUAAUCAACCUUCAAUCGUUGAUUCCUUUAAUAUAAAGCCAAAGCUAUCAGUGGUAGCUCAGUUCCAGGAGAAUAUUCUACGAUGGGUUGUUAAGGAAAAGAUGGCCUUUACCACUAUUGAAUCGCCCUCAUUCCGCCAAAUAUUUAUGGAUCUACCAUAUCCGGAGCUUGAUGCAGCUUUAUUUUCACGAACUACAGUAAAACGAAGGCUUGAGGCGGAGUUUCAGCAUCAACGUACGCAAUUGAAGAUAGAACUUGCCUCAACAUGCAAGUCUAUUGCGCUUUCUCUAGAUAUAUGGACAAGCUCAAACAACAUCUCUAUUAUCGGCAUUAUCGGGCACUGGUUUACACCGGACUUUCUUUAUAAGGAAAGGGUACUUGAAUUUAUUGAGUUGCGAGAGACUCAUAGUGCUGAAAACAUUGCAUAUGCAGUAUUUGACAUGCUACAAGAGCUUAAUCUCGAGGAAAAGCUACUCACAAUUACUGGUGAUAAUGCAAGUAAUAAUGAGUCGAUGGUUUUAAUCCUUCAUGAUCUUCUCAAGGCCCAGUGCCCAGAGCCUCAGUUCCUUGGUCUUGAUAGUUAUAUCCGCUGUCUUGCUCAUAUUCUGAAUCUUAUUGUGAAAGAUAUCCUUCGUGCAUUGAGAUCUGGUACUGUCCAUGAAGCUUCGGAGAUCUGCAAUCACUUAAAUGAUCAAGAUCUUUCAUCUGAGACUGCUCUAUCACGUCUUCGAAUCCUUGCAAUAUGGAUCAGCCGAAGUAACCAACGACGAGCUUCAUGGAAAAGUGUGUGUGCUCUUAUGAAGCUUUCUGACCGAUAUAUUCCAUGUGAUGUUGAUACACGCUGGAAUUCAACUUUUUUGAUGCUGGAUACUGCCCUAGGAGCGAAACCGCAAAUUAAUCGGUAUCUUGAAUUGCAGACUGAGCUUCCUCAGUUCACUAGGCAGGAUUGGUAUCGUCUCUCGCAGGUUCAUCAAGUCCUUAAGCGAUUCCAUAAUUUGACGCUAUUUGUGUCUCAAAAGCAUCCUCAGAUGAGCAUGGCCAUCCCUAUUUACUACGAGCUUCAUGACUUGCUUAACCAGGGGGCUGAGAAGCAAGGAUUAUUUGCAGAUAUAGAUGAUGAUAUUGCAGUUGCAAUGUAUCGUGGUCUUGUUAAGUAUCAGAAGUAUUAUGCCUUUAUGGAUGAGACUGAUGCUUAUUAUACUGCAUUAAUUCUGGAUCCGAGGAUAAAGGGAGAUCUUCUGCUUCGUGAGCUAUCUGGUGAUGGGGCUGGACAAAUGAUUGUUGAUUCAAUUCGUGAGAAUAUGCAUCAGAAGUAUCAUUAUGAGUCAGUUAAUGAAGACUUUAUAGUCUCAGUUGAUCCUAUAUUGGAUAUCCAUGAUGAUCCUGAGGUCAGAAUGCUACGGCGAUUAGCACCAAUUGCCAGAAAGGUAGCUGGAUCUGAUAUCGAUGAGUACUUUACAACACCGCGAGUUGAUAUUAAACCAUCUGGGGAUCGAGAGUGGCUAGCUAAAUGGUGGCGGGAUCGUCGUGAUAGUAUGCCUCAGAUGGCUGCAGCUGCACGGGAUUAUCUUGCAAUUCCUGCAUCUGAGGUAUCUGUUGAACGUCUAUUUAGUGCUGGUCGUGAUCUUAUAAAGGUUCGACGAACGUCGUUGCGUGCGGAUACGAUGCGAAUAUUAAUGUUGAUGGAUGAUGUUAUGUAG